CGGGUUUCCACUUUCAGUGCUGCCCUGCUCACCCCGCGUUGGAAGUCCGAUUCAACUCAGCGUUACUUUUUUAAUUGGACCAAAAUUCAGCGGGACUUCACUCCACAGUCUUCACGCUACUGGACUGUCCACAGUCCACACGCACGGGAAGGCGGAAAUACAAAGCAAUAGUAUUACAUACUCAGAUGCUCUCUCCAAAAAGACAGAUCUCCGAUACGAUUGUACUGGAGAAACUGAGAGCGCCAGAGAAAGAGGAGGGUUUUGCUUCAGAUGGCAACGACGUCGUCUUCCACCGAGGAAGCCAAGAACAAGGACGAGAGGAAGAAGCGGGGGUUGGGUUGGAUUGAGUGGUUGAGAGGGUGGUUCCAUUUGGUUUACGAAAUGCUAUUUCAGAGAAUAAUGGCUAGUCACUUGCAAAACCCCAUGCCUCUUCCUCCCAUUAAUGACCUCACUUGCAUUGUCACAGGAUCCACUAGUGGCAUAGGCCUCGAAAUCGCCAGGCAAUUAGCUCAGUCAGGGGCCCAUGUCAUUAUGGCAGUAAGGAAGCCACAGGUAGCUCAGGAGUUGAUACAGAAGUGGCAGAAUGAAUGGUCAGGGAUGGGCCUUCCUCUUAAUAUUGAGGUGAUGGAGGUUGAUCUUCUCUCGUUGGACUCUGUUGUGAGGUUUGCUGAUGCAUGGAAUGCACGCUCUGGACCCCUACAUGUUCUCAUUAAUAAUGCUGGAAUUUUUUCCAUUGGAGAGCCACAGAGAUUUUCAAAAGAUGGUUAUGAGGAACACUUGCAAGUGAAUCAUCUAGCUCCAGCUUUGCUUUCUGUUCUUCUUUUGCCAUCCCUUAUUAGGGGUUCUCCAAGUCGAAUUGUUAAUGUGAAUUCCGUUAUGCAUCAUGUUGGCUUUGUUGACCCUGAUGACAUGAAUUUCACUUCUGGAAAAAGGAAAUUUACGAGUAUGUUGGGGUAUUCUAACAGCAAGCUGGCACAGGUCAUGUUUAGUACUGUUCUUACAAAGCGACUCCCUGCUGAAGCUGGCAUCAGUGUAGUGUGUGUCUCACCUGGAAUUGUCCACACCAAUGUUGCAAGGGAUCUUUCCAAAUUAGUUCAGGCUGCUUAUCAUUUGAUCCCAUAUUUCAUCUUUAACGCUCAAGAAGGUUCCAGGAGCACACUUUUCGCGGCCACCGAUCCCCAAGUUCCAGAGUACUGUGAAAUGUUGAAAGCAGAUGAAUGGCCAGUUUGUGCCUAUCUCUCUCAAGACUGCCGUCCAACAAACCCAUCAGAAGAAGCACACAACAUUCAAACAUCAUAUGAAGUGUGGGAGAAGACAUUAGAGAUGAUCGGCCUUCCUUUAGAUGCUGUGGAGAAGCUUAUAGAAGGAGAAAAAGCAAAAUGCCGUUAUGGGACCCAAGAGGAGGAGUAAUUGAAUUUACGCUGUGCUGGACGCUAACUGUUAGUGAUGUGGGGAACUAUAUGUGUUAUAAUAGAAAGUUGAAUGAAUUCAAAUCAUUUGGCCUCGAAAUGUUGGGGGGACCGAAAUUGGUACGAGUUCUAGUUCACUUAAUUGGCCAGUUCUUCUUGCUUGGAAA